AUGGGCGACAUGGCCAACAGUUCCAUCGAGUUCCACCCCAAGCCCCAGCAGCGGGAGGCCCCCCAUGCAGGAGGCUUUGGGUGCACACUGGCUGAACUGCGCUCCCUCAUGGAGCUCCGAGGGGCCGAAGCACUGCAGAAGGUCCAAGAAGCUUAUGGGGAUGUCAGCGGUCUCUGUAGGAGGCUGAAGACCUCGCCCACAGAGGGCCUGGCUGACAAUGCCAGUGACUUGGAGAAGCGCAGGCAGAUCUAUGGGCAGAACUUCAUCCCACCCAAGCAGCCCAAGACCUUCCUGCAGCUGGUGUGGGAGGCCCUACAAGACGUAACCCUCAUCAUUCUAGAGGUAGCUGCCAUCGUCUCCCUGGGUCUGUCGUUCUACGCACCACCAGGCGAGGAGAGUGAAGCAUGUGGGAAUGUGUCAGCUGGGGCAGAAGAUGAAGGAGAGGCCGAGGCUGGCUGGAUCGAGGGAGCAGCCAUCUUGCUGUCUGUCAUCUGUGUGGUAUUGGUCACGGCCUUCAAUGACUGGAGCAAGGAGAAGCAGUUCCGAGGCCUGCAGAGCCGUAUAGAGCAGGAACAGAAGUUCACAGUCAUCCGGAAUGGGCAGCUCCUCCAGGUCCCCGUGGCUGCACUGGUGGUAGGGGACAUCGCCCAAGUCAAGUAUGGAGACCUGCUGCCUGCCGAUGGUGUGCUCAUCCAGGGCAACGACCUCAAAAUCGAUGAGAGCUCCCUGACAGGAGAAUCAGACCACGUGCGCAAAUCAGCCGACAAAGACCCCAUGCUGCUCUCAGGCACUCAUGUCAUGGAAGGUUCUGGAAGAAUGGUGGUGACAGCUGUGGGUGUGAACUCCCAGACAGGCAUCAUCUUCACCUUGCUUGGAGCAGGUGGAGAGGAGGAGGAGAAGAAGGAUAAGAAAGGCAAGCAGCAAGAUGGAGCGAUGGAGAGUAGCCAGACCAAAGCUAAGAAGCAGGAUGGGGCAGUUGCCAUGGAAAUGCAGCCCCUGAAGAGUGCAGAGGGCGGGGAGAUGGAGGAGCGGGAGAAGAAGAAAGCCAACGUGCCCAAGAAGGAGAAGUCGGUCCUGCAGGGCAAGCUCACCAAACUGGCUGUGCAGAUUGGGAAAGCAGGGCUAGUGAUGUCUGCCAUCACCGUCAUUAUCCUGGUCCUCUACUUUGUGAUUGACACCUUCGUUGUGGAGGGCCGGGCGUGGCUGGCAGAGUGCACACCGGUCUAUGUGCAGUACUUCGUGAAGUUCUUCAUCAUCGGUGUCACUGUGCUGGUUGUGGCUGUCCCGGAGGGCCUGCCUCUUGCUGUCACCAUCUCCUUAGCUUACUCUGUCAAGAAAAUGAUGAAGGACAACAACCUGGUCAGACACCUGGAUGCCUGUGAGACGAUGGGCAAUGCCACAGCCAUCUGCUCAGACAAGACAGGCACACUCACCACCAACCGUAUGACCGUGGUCCAGUCCUACCUCGGGGACACCCACUACAAAGAGAUUCCGGCCCCCAGCACCCUGACCCCCAAGAUACUCGACCUCCUGGUCCACGCCAUCUCCAUCAACAGUGCCUACACCACCAAAAUACUACCUCCAGAGAAGGAAGGUGCCCUCCCACGCCAAGUGGGCAACAAGACAGAAUGCGCUCUGCUGGGCUUCAUCCUGGACCUGAAGCGGGACUUCCAGCCUGUGCGGGAACAGAUUCCAGAAGAUAAGCUUUACAAAGUAUACACCUUCAACUCAGUCCGCAAGUCCAUGAGCACAGUCAUCCGCAUGUCCGAUGGUGGCUUUCGCCUCUUCAGCAAGGGUGCCUCAGAGAUCCUGCUGAAAAAGUGCACUAACAUCUUAAACAGCAAUGGUGAACUGCGAGGCUUCCGCCCUCGGGACCGGGACGACAUGGUGAAGAAGAUCAUCGAGCCAAUGGCUUGCGAUGGUCUUCGCACUAUCUGCAUUGCCUACCGGGACUUCUCUGCCACCCAGGAGCCUGACUGGGACAAUGAAAAUGAAGUUGUGGGUGAUCUCACCUGCAUAGCCGUCGUGGGCAUCGAGGACCCUGUGCGGCCUGAGGUCCCUGAAGCUAUCCGAAAAUGCCAGCGUGCUGGCAUUACAGUCCGAAUGGUGACCGGGGACAACAUCAACACCGCUCGGGCCAUUGCAGCCAAGUGUGGCAUCAUCCAGCCUGGGGAGGACUUCCUGUGUCUGGAGGGGAAGGAGUUCAACAGGAGGAUCCGCAAUGAGAAAGGCGAGAUAGAACAGGAGCGUCUGGACAAGGUGUGGCCCAAGCUGAGGGUCCUGGCGCGAUCGUCUCCCACAGACAAGCACACACUAGUCAAAGGGAUCAUUGACAGCACCACUGGCGAGCAGCGGCAGGUGGUGGCCGUGACUGGGGAUGGCACGAACGAUGGGCCAGCCCUCAAAAAGGCAGAUGUGGGCUUCGCCAUGGGCAUCGCAGGGACUGAUGUGGCCAAGGAGGCCUCGGACAUCAUCCUGACUGAUGACAACUUCACCAGCAUCGUCAAGGCAGUCAUGUGGGGCCGCAACGUCUAUGACAGCAUCUCCAAGUUCCUGCAAUUCCAGCUGACAGUCAAUGUGGUGGCUGUGAUCGUGGCCUUCACAGGCGCCUGCAUUACUCAGGACUCUCCUCUCAAAGCUGUGCAGAUGUUGUGGGUGAACUUGAUUAUGGACACAUUUGCCUCUCUGGCCCUGGCGACAGAGCCACCCACUGAGUCGCUGCUGCUGCGGAAGCCAUAUGGCCGAGACAAGCCCCUGAUCUCCCGAACCAUGAUGAAGAACAUCCUAGGCCAUGCGGUCUAUCAGCUCACCAUCAUCUUCACGCUGCUGUUCGUGGGAGAGCUUUUCUUCGACAUCGACAGUGGGAGGAAUGCACCCUUGCAUUCACCACCCUCGGAGCACUACACCAUCAUCUUCAACACCUUCGUCAUGAUGCAGCUUUUCAAUGAGAUCAAUGCCCGAAAGAUCCAUGGUGAGCGCAAUGUCUUCCAUGGCAUCUUUGGCAACCCCAUCUUCUGCACCAUUGUCCUCGGCACCUUUGCAAUCCAGAUUGUCAUCGUCCAGUUUGGUGGAAAGCCCUUCAGCUGCUCCCCCCUGUCCACGGAGCAGUGGCUCUGGUGCCUGUUUGUUGGCGUUGGGGAGCUGGUCUGGGGACAGGUCAUCGCCACCAUUCCCACCAGCCAGCUCAAGUGCCUGAAGGAAGCAGGGCACGGACCUGGGAAGGAUGAGAUGACCGACGAGGAGCUGGCCGAGGGGGAAGAAGAGAUUGACCAUGCCGAGCGGGAGCUCCGCAGAGGCCAGAUCCUCUGGUUCCGGGGACUCAACCGGAUCCAGACACAGAUGGAGGUAGUGAGUACCUUCAAGAGAAGCGGUUCAUUUCAGGGUGCCGUGCGCCGGCGGUCUUCAGUCCUCAGCCAGCUCCAUGACGUAACCAAUCUUUCUACCCCUACUCACGUAAUUCUCUCUGCUGCCAAUCCCACCAGUGCCGCUGGGAAUCCGAGUGGUGAAAGCAUUCCGUAGCUCGCUCUAUGAAGGCCUAGAGAAACCGGAAUCCAAGACUUCCAUCCAUAACUUCAUGGCAACGCCUGAAUUUCUGAUCAAUGACUACACCCACAACAUCCCGCUCAUAGAUGAUACGGACGUGGAUGAGAACGAGGAGCGCCUGCGUGCCCCCCCACCCCCAUCCCCUAAUCAGAACAACAACGCCAUAGACAGCGGCAUCUACCUGACCACGCAUGGCACCAAGUCAGCUACCUCGUCAGUGUUUUCUUCCAGACCCGGGAGUCCACUCCACAGCGUGGAGACAUCUCUCUAAGCAUAACUGCUCUCCGCACACACACCCCUGCACACAUGGGCACCCAGGCAGGACACACAAGCCUGCAAGGAGGGCACAGCCAAGGAGGUUGAAGAUGUUGCUCACACAGUACUUGCAAGAAGCCAAUCCAUUCAAGGCUUCUUACCUAGGACCAAGGAAAUGGAAGAGGAGGAAGGAAAAACAAGAGAACAAGAAGAGCUGUGUUCCCCCCUUUUUUUCUAUCAAAGCUUUUUUUUAGUGAACACUACAAUGCCACCAGAUGUUUGUCAUUUGGGCUGUGUUGUGGGGGAGGCUGUUGGUUUUGGUUUGUUGGGAACUUCGUUGCACCCACUGGACAGCAAUUAGACAAACAGAUUCAUACAAAAGGAAAACAGGCCAAGCACUGCUUUGCAGGGCUGGGAAGGAUGCUCCUAACCAGACAGCCCGCCAGAGGGAGCCGCCUGCAAACAUACUGGAACCGCCAAGCACCCCAUCCCCAGAACACAUGUGCAGUCUGUGUGUGUGUGUGUGUGUGUGUGUGCGUAUAGACAUAUACGUACAUAUAUGACCAGAUGCAUAUUUAAAGAAUAAGGAACUAUUUAUUGGCAUGAAUUUCCAUUCCUCUUAUCAGGUGUUUUUAUUUUGAAAUUUCAUUAUUUAUUGUGGCAGGGUUGUUUUUUUUUCCAGGGAACUAGACUGCAAGAGUAUCUUUUUGAUUGCUUGCCCCAUCCCUGACUCCCCUGCUCCUCCCCUUUGUUCUCCCUCCUCCUGGCACAUUCCUGGCAAAGUCACCAUUGAGAUUCCCAGUAGAAGGUCAGGGGAGAGAAGGACGUGGUUAAAGUGAAAGAAGUUACAAUUGGAACAUUUUCACUUUGAGGCCCCUGCUUAUAGAGGGGAAAACAUCAUUUCAAUGGAAUUUUUAUUUAAAAGGAAAAUACCAAAGUAUUAUUGAAAAAGAUCCCUUACAGGAGGUAGAAGGGGGAGUUUCGCUUUCAGUUUCAUUUCAACUCCAAGUGCUGAAUUCCGGCUGGUGGGCUUUCUUUGUCUUCAAUUCAACCUCAAGAGCAUGAAGCUCUGCCCCCUGCCGCCUGUGACCCCAUGGGGGAACCCAGAAUGGGGAGGGGGCAGUGACAAGAGUCAGCCAGAAAGCAGAGGAAGAGGUACCAUCAAAAUCCAAGAGAAGCUGACUCAGCUGCAAUGCAGACCCCAGCCCUCUCGGCGCCUCCAACUAGACUCUCACUCUUUGCUUUGGCAAAUGCCAACAAUUUGUUGCUGAGGCUCCCAUAAAGCAACUGGGAAAAAUUCUCAGUCACAACUUGCCAAAGCACUCUUCUGACCCCAGUCUUCUCAUUCAAAGACAACUAUGACCCAUGACAACAUGCAUUUGUGUCUGCAGCCACCUACAGAGACAUCAGGGAAACAGAUGCUGAAGCAAAAGCCCCUGGGAGCCAUGGCACCUCGUGGCUGUUGCUCUAAUCACACCUGUGGCCCUUUCUCGUGAGUCUGAAAGGCUGAGGAGGUCAGCUGCACUGCAUCAGCUGAACACCUGGUCUGCAGGUGGGGAGAGCUGGCCCUAGGCUCCCCAAGGAGCCUCUUCUUGCAGUGUGGGCACCCAGUGAGCCAAGCCUCAGUUUCCCCCAAAUGCACAUUAGCCAGGGAGGGAAAUGCAAAAAAAAAAAAAAGCAGCAAUGGUUCUUCUACCAUCUGAAUGCAUCUGUCUCACAUUUUUCAGGGAGGCAGUUGGGGUCCAACCACGGUUCCUCCAAUGUACCUGUUGGCUUGGGCCUGAGACUGAGCCACUGGAGGUCAGCUGAGAACUGAGUGUCAUAGGGUCAGAAUGGAAACCGCAGGUGCAGAUGGGCACAUUCAACAACUGAGCAGCAGCUGGACUGGUAGCAAGUCUGGUCCGCCCAUCACGCCCCUCCUCCGGCACCCACACGCGGGUCCUGUCUUACCUCCACCUGUAUCUGUGAGCAUCCAUGCUGGGACUCCGCCAUUAACAUGAAUGCCAUGUUACCCCUGAGCAGGAGUAGUCAAAUCUCGGGCAAAGGAAUUUCGGUUAGAAAAGAAAACCCCACUUAAAAUGCCAGCUACAGAUAACUUAAAGCCAUCCCUUUUUUCCAAAGGGCACUCUGAGAAUGUUACCCAUUUGUAAAUUGUUCCCUAUGUCCUUGUUAAACAACCACAACAAAAAGGGCAACUCAAUUUGCUGAGGGUCUGUGUGUUCUUAAACAAGAAAUAAAAUUGGAAACAUUUCAAUUGAAGAAGAUAAGCUCCAUAACGCUACACUCAUGGGCUUCUUUUCACUCUCUGUUGUAGACACACUGAUAGAACAAAUGGUCCAUAUGUAUUUAAACAACCCUCGCUGCUGCUGUACAAAGUUGCCUACUGUACAUGUCAAUUGUUAGUCCCUAGAUUGCCUAUCCGUGGAGUGUAUGGUUCAGAAAAGGGGGGCUGUGACCUCUGAUCGUUGCUCUGAUUUCUGUAGUUUUCAGGCCAAGGGACCUGUCUCAUCAGGGAGCCCCUCUCUAUAAAACAUUAUAUUAUAUGGAAUGGCUUGGUCCACUGUGUUCAGUUAUUAAAUGUUUUACAUUUUUAUCUGCCUGUUAUAAAGAUAAACAAAAAUAUCUUAAUGAGGAAGACCACAGAUGCAUAAUUUAAAGUCUGUAGUUGAACUUCCUAAUUAAAGAAUAGACCAAAAUUUCUGUGUAUAAAAAAAA